CCAGUCUUGACACAAUGCUUAUACACAAAGUUGUUAUGAUGCUCUUAUGGUAUUGCGACCUAGUUGCAAACUGCCAUCGAAGUCUUCUAACGUGAGCGGAACCAAGCGGCAAAAGUGCAACACAACACCCCGGAGUCUAUGGGUCGAUGCUAUCUGCAUUGAUCAGACCUCGAUCAGUGAGCGCAAUCAAUAAGUUGAGCUCAUGCCGGAGGUAUGUAUGAAAGCAAAGCGGGCCUUGCUUUGGCCAGGCCGUGGUCAACAUCAAAGAGGGCAUAUCGAGUCAUUCCUGCAAAGAGUGGAAAACAAUACCAUCAACUACAGAGAUCACGUUCCAGGUGCAUAUCUAGAGGUGUCCGGUUCACCAUACGAAUACAAGCAUUCCGCAACCUGUCUAAACAACCUUACUUUGACCGCAUAUGGCCAGUCCAAGAAAUCGCGCUUGCUGGGUCAUGUCGCGUAGUUCUCAGUCGAAGCAUGGAUCAGACGACCUACUUGGACUUUGACCGGUUGAUAUCCCCUUUCAGGAAGUUAUCUGGGCCAAGCUUUCGGGAGUACGCUGCCUCUGAAGCGGAUUACGUGGAACGAUUGCAACCACAUCAACAGAGGAGAACGUAUAUGCGGCAAACAUUCAAUCAAAAAGUUCGUGAUGAUAGCACAGGAUCCAGGAUGUCGGCUUUAGUUAUGGGCGCGCGUCACCUGCAAUCUGAAGAGCCACGCGAUAAGAUCUACGCUUUGCAUGGUAUCUUCAAGCUACUACAUUUGGAGAUCAGUCCGCCCGAUUACACUAAAGACGUUAGGGACGUAUAUACAGAAGCCAUCACAGCUGCCUUCCGCCAUGAUCGAAGCUUCGAGCUGCUAGGCGGUUUAACCGGCAUGUCCAGAUAUCCCAAACUGCCUUCUUGGGUCUCUGACUGCUCCAAAAGCAAUGCCAUCAGCAAACUCGCAAGUUGAACGGAGCAAAAAGCCAACAGACAUAGCAAGCCUAUCGGCCUUGUACCGACAAAGUCACAAGAACCUCGCCUGCACGGUCUAAAGAUCGACCGUAUCGCCUCAGUACGUACUAUUUAUGGCAGAUAUUCAAAGUAUGCACCUACGACGCUUGAUCAACUACGCGACCAGCUGCAACAUCAGGUGGAUCCUAAACCUCAGUACAUAGAUCUACUUACCUCGACGAUCUGUCAUCUCUGAAAACUCUCUGAACGCACAUACCCAAGCCUCCGCGGCAUCAUUCGCUGAAUGGAGGUUUGUGGCCCCUGUCUGUAUUCAGGCCGACGGCAUUAUGCAAGGAGCACUGUCGAAAGAUGAUAUGGAACUACAAGACUAUACAUUCGGGUGAGCAAC